GAUUCGCAGUAUUAUCAAAGAACCAAACCAAACCAAAAAAAGUCUAUUUUACAAGUAAAAUUCAGAUAGCUCGCCGUUCUCGAAAGUUCUCUCUCCGUAAUCUGCAUCGUCGCUCUUCUUAUCUCUUUUCUCCGACCAAAAUCUCUUCUUUCUUCUGUCCGAGACUAGACAUGGACGCCGCAACCGCGAGUUUGAUCCAAUCUCCCCUCUUACCGCAUGAAACUUCCCGCAACGGUGCUGGAUCUAUGUUCCUUACGAUCAGUGGCGGGUUCACACCUUCUGGUUCAAAACUUCAACUUCGACUAAAGCAAAACGCGUUCACUAGAUUCUCAAAACCAUUGCAAACGUCAACAACAACAGCUUCCAAAACUCGGAGAAGCUUUGUGGUUAAAGCUUCGGCAGCAUCUGAUGACGCUUCCUCCAAACCUAUCGCCCCGCUUCAGCUGGAGUCUCCCGCUGGUCAGUUCCUCUCUCAGAUUCUGGUGAGCCAUCCUCAUCUCGUCCCUGCUGCUGUUGAACAGCAGCUUGAGCAGCUCCAAACUGAUCGUGACUCUCAGGGACAGAACACAGAUUCAUCAUCGUCCGUCCCUGGAACCGACAUCGUUCUCUACAGGAGAAUAGCUGAGUUGAAGGAGAACGAGAGACACAGGACGUUAGAAGAGAUUCUAUACGCAUUGGUGGUUCAAAAGUUCAUGGAAGCUAACGUAUCACUCAUACCAUCAAUAACCCCAUCAUCAUCAGAUCCCUCUGGUCGUGUUGAUACUUGGCCGAACAAAGUAGAGAAGCUUGAGCAGCUUCACUCUCCCGAGAUGUACGAGAUGAUUCACAACCAUCUAGCCUUAAUCCUCGGGAGCAGAAUUGGUGACUUGACUUCUGUCGCGCAGAUAAGCAAACUCAGAGUUGGGCAAGUCUACGCUGCUUCUGUCAUGUAUGGAUACUUCUUGAAGCGUGUGGACCAAAGGUUUCAGCUUGAGAAGACGAUGAAGCUUCUUCCUGGUUCUGGUGGGGCUGAUGAGAGUAAAUCAAGCGUUGAGCAACCAGAGGAUGUGACGUCGAUUCACCCGGAGGUUGGUUCAUUUGCGGGUGGAGUUAGUGCUAAGGGCUUUGGGAGUGAGAUUAAACCGUCCCGGUUAAGAACGUACGUGAUGUCGUUUGAUAGUGAGACGCUUCAGAGAUACGCUACCAUUAGGUCAAGAGAAGCGGUUGGGAUCGUAGAGAAGCACACUGAGGCGUUGUUUGGUAAGCCUGAGAUUGUGAUCACACCGCAGGGGACGGUUGAUUCAUCCAAGGAGGAGCAGAUAAAGAUUAGCUUUGGUGGAAUGAAGAGGCUUGUCUUGGAGGCUGUGACUUUUGGGUCGUUUCUUUGGGAUGUUGAAAGUCAUGUUGAUGCUAGGUACCAGUUUGUAUUGAACUAGAAGAAUGGUCUGUAAUGCAAAUGAGUAACUUCUGUAACAUGCAUUUUAUAAACUAAAAAAUAAUUAAAAGUUC